AACCCAACAAUUUUUAAAAAAUUAAAAACAAAAAUUUCAAAAUUCUCCUGCCUGCCCAUUUAAAAAAAUAAUUCAAACCAAUGGCCACAAAUUGUGAAUAUAUAGAGGAAAAUCUAAGCCAUCAAAAAUGUGGAAUUUCCAAUUCGGCCUCCACCUCGAGUAUGACACACGAGGAGAAACAGGAUAGCACCGAAAAAUCACCCAGUAAAUCCUCAUUUUCGGAUACUUCCUCCGAAGUGGGCAGCACUAGUAGUGCGGUGUUAGGCACCACCACCCUACAAAAGUCCAAAAAACUACACAACAAUGGCAAUUUGCCCUUUGUACCCUCCAUAGGCGACUGUGUAUUCGAGGAUGCUUUUGAAAAAUCCAUGGAUGAUUUGGAGCAUGGCGGCAAUGAUGGCUAUGAAACCGAUUCGGAGACUUCGUUGAAUGGUGAAACAGAAGAGCAGCCCUUUAAAGAAUUGCACACAAUUAAUAGUGAGAAUUUGACCUGUUCUUCGGGUUUGGGUUCGGGCCCCCUAAGAACCUUUCCCAAAUCGAAUUCUUUUGAGUAUCACAGCAGCAGCACCGACUCGGAUGAUGAAGAGGGUGGCAUUAUACAUGCAGCCAUAAAUAUGUCGCCCAAAUUCUGUAAUUCCGAUAUCUUUCAAAUGCGUCCCUAUCUAAUGCCCUUUAUGGAGCGCCGGCGUUUGUCUCAGUGCAAAGAGGAGGAGGAUGAAGAUGAGGCUGAUAAAUCACCGCAACCCCAACAAAGUGAUCAGGCUCCCAAGUUUGAGAGCAAAGCCAGACCCGCUCCCCCACCACCACCGCCCGCCAAAGAUCCGGCUUCGGCGGAGAGAUUUAAGGAUUUGGAGAGAUUAAGGCAGCAAUUUAUGCAUAAAAUUGAUAGCAUCAAUACCAACAAUCUGGAAGACAUUAAAACGGUGACCGUAACCCCCGAAAUGUCCUCACCACCGCCUCCUCCACCCAUACCACCCACCAUACUGCCACCGGCUCUCAUAAAUCUAUUGGAAUCGGCCAAAUCUACAGCCGCCAAACCCUCCUCCUCUACCCCCUUAACCAGCAGUAACCCAACACCCCGUUCACCCAGCCCUGAAACUCUCAUUAUCCGGGGUAAAUUUACUGUAACAAAAGCCCUAGAAACUCCCGAACUACAACAGCUACGCACCGAGGCUGAUAAACUUAAACACUUGGACUCCUCCUCCAAUGCCCACACCAUUAGUUUUCCCAGCAGUUUUGGUGGCUACUCCUCCGUUCAAGGCCUAUUCUCCCAACGCUAUGGCAGUAAUAAAAAUUCUCCAGUUGCUACCCCUCAUCUAUCCAAGAAAUUCUUCGAUUCCUCUCUGGUCGAAAUACGUACACCCACCGAAAGUACUUCAUCGCUGAAUACCUUAAAUUUGGAUGAGGCCACAAAAUCAAGGAAUAACUGUGAUAAUAGCAUUAAUAACUCCAACACAACCACAAAGACAUCAGCCUCUUUGGGGGGUAUGAGGAAACCAGAACGUGAAUAUCCUCAUUUGGAUGAUGUAUGGAUCAAGAGAUCAUCAGAUGUGGAACAGAAUAGCAUAGCACAAACUACAGCAGCGAACGCCUCCUCCGCCACUUUACCAAAGAAACAGUACUAUACGACGGAUGAUAGUGCGGCUGAGAGUGGUCGUACCACGGCUGUUCAAUCGGAAGAUGAACAAGAUGCUAAAUUACCCUCAUCCAGACCGUCAAGUGCACCCGCAGAACCAAAUGCCAAAGCAGCUCGCAAAGCAUCCAAAAAGAUGAAAGAAGAAGCCAGACGCCAAGAAAAAGAAGCUAAUCGCCGCGAAAAAGAAGCCCGCAAAAUCGAACGUGAAACCGCCAGACGUCUAGAACGUGAAGCGGCCAAACUGGAAAAAAUCAAUCGCAAUGCGGAAAAAAUGUCACGCAGCACCGAACGUAUGGGCGCCACCACACGCUCAGGCUCCCUCGAACGCAGGCGCAGUGGCGACGAGUCGCCCGUACUCAAUCAAUCGACCGUACAUGGUAUCGCUAGUCCCAAUCGCCGACCCACCAUAUUCGAUGUAUUUCGGCAGCGUGCAAAAUCCGAUGCGAAAAAGCAAAAAAUGCUCUUGGAUCCAUUGUCGGCAGCGGCCGCAGCCACGGGCAAUGAAAUGGGCAGUGCCAGUAGUACACAUUCGGCAUCGGGUGGUAGUGGUGGUGGUGUUGCAGGCGCAGGUGCCGGUACUGGUGUUAUGAAUUCCAUGAAAGUAGCUUUACAAAAUUCCGGCCUAAUCGGUGGUGGCCAUCAUCAGAAACAGCAUCCCGCCGUAACGAUAACAACGGCCGAUGGUAGUACGUCGGUGAAGAAUAAGUACAAAGAUGGUUCGGCACAUCCCCAUCAGGGUAGUGAUGCUCAUUAUUAUCAUACAGUUACGGCUGUACGUAGAGCCGAUGCUACCCGUUCGCCCAUGACCAAAGUGAUGGACUUGUUUAGACAUCGUUCAAAUUCUGCAGCCACAGAAGCUGAUAAACGUAAAGCGCGUGCAGCGGCGCAUCAACAACAGCUGGCAGUACAAAGUGCUCAUAUGCGUCGUGCUUCAGCUGAUUUGGAAAAACGACGUGCUUCAGUUGGUGCUGCCAGUCGGGGCUUACGUGGUGAUGGUACCUUAGAUCCACAUCAUGCCGCAAUAUUAUUUAGAGAUUCAAGAGGGUUGCCUGUUGCCGAUCCGUUCCUAGAGAAAGUAAAUCUCUCUGAUUUUGAAGAAGAUGAUUCUCAGAUAUUUGUAAAAUUUUUCCGUUUCCACAAAUGUUACGAUCUGAUACCCACAUCAGCCAAACUGGUUGUCUUCGAUACACAAUUAUUGGUUAAGAAAGCCUUCUAUGCUUUAGUCUAUAAUGGUGUGCGUGCCGCACCGCUCUGGGAUUCACAGAAACAGCAAUUUGUUGGAAUGUUGACCAUAACAGAUUUUAUAAAAAUCUUAAGAAUGUAUUAUAAAUCACCGAAUGCCUCAAUAGAACAAUUGGAAGAGCACAAAUUAGAUACAUGGAGAAAUUUAACAGGUGUUUUACAUAAUGAAGUGAUGCCAUUAGUUAGUAUUGGUCCAGAUGCUUCGCUAUAUGAUGCCAUUAAGAUACUCGUACACAAUCGUAUACAUCGAUUACCUGUUAUAGAUCCCGCAACGGGCAAUGUAUUAUAUAUAUUAACCCAUAAACGUAUAUUAAGGUUCCUGUUUUUAUAUAUUAAUGAAUUGCCUAAACCUUCUUAUAUGCAAAAGAAAUUGCGUGCUUUAAAAAUUGGCACCUAUGAUAAUAUCGAAGUGGCCGAUGAACACACUAGCAUUAUAACAGCUUUAAAGAAAUUCGUUGAGCGAAGAGUAUCCGCCUUACCUUUAGUUGAUUCCGAAGGACGUUUAGUUGAUAUCUAUGCCAAAUUUGAUGUUAUUAACCUGGCAGCCGAAAAAACGUACAACGAUCUCGAUGUCUCCUUGCGCAAAGCCAACGAACAUCGCAAUGAAUGGUUUGAGGGUGUGCAAUGUUGUAAUUUGGACGAAACCUUAUACACCAUCCUCGAGCGCAUAGUACGCGCCGAAGUCCAUCGUUUGGUGGUGGUCGAUGAGAAUCGCAAAGUCAUUGGUAUUAUUUCGCUAUCGGAUAUAUUGCUUUAUCUUGUGCUGCGGCCCAGCGGUGAAGGUGUGGGCGUGUCAGAAAGUUCUCUAAGAGCCUCAGAUCCUAUACUACAGAGAAAACUGUCCGAUGAUGAAGAUGCCACAUCGCUAGACAACAAAUCACCCUCAGUGGGUUCGGGUAGUCGCAGUCUCAUCGAAGACAUACCCGAAGAGGAGGUUUUUGGCAGCGGUGAUAAGGUGGCGAAAGACAGCGAUGAUAAUGUGGACAACAACAGCAUAAACGAUAAAGUCAAUAAUAAUCAGGAGGAUAGUGUGUCCACAACGGAAAUUGUGGUGGAACAAGGUGUUAAAGCGACAAAUGAUACGAGUGUUCUUCAAGCGGAAAUAUCAUUUGCCGAUGAAGCCGAAGAGGAUGCUAAUAGUAAUGAGGAUGAGCAAAGGGGGCAGGAAGAGGAGGACGACGACGAAGAUGAUGAUGCUAAGGAUGUGAUAAGCGGUAAUUGUGAUAAUUUGAAAAAAUCAAACACCACCAAUAACACAAAUUCAUCAGCAGAUGAUGCGGAAUUAACAACAACGGCGGCUGUUACAGCCUUAAAUCAAACAACAGCUCGUGAAAUGGCUCUUGUUAGUGAAUAAAUACAUUAAAAACAAAGCAUAAUUAUUUAAAUAUUUAAUAAUUACUAUACAACUCUACAACAUGUGUGUGAAUAUGAAAGAAUAAUUAUGGUAAUCAUUCAGACAUAUAUAAACUUUUCUUCUUUUUUUUUGUAAUAUUAAUUUAAAAGUUUAGUGCAAAGAAUUUAGCAACAAAGGAAAAUGUUUAUAAAAAUUCACAUCAUAUAAUUUAUUAACAAAUUUCUAAUUAUCUAAAAUUGCAAAUGGUAAACAAAUUCAAACACUUUUUCAAUUUACAAACAAUAUUUCAAAUUUAGUUUUUAUUUAAAGCCUAUUUAUCUAUAUUAAAAUAGUUUUUAUAAAAAGGAAACCAGUAGAGAAAAACAAACAUGUAAAAUAUAAAGUUUUUUUAACAGUUUAUUUAAGAACACAAAACACUUAAUUUAGUUUUGAAAAUACAAAUCCAAACAAGAUUGGUAAAAUAUUUUAUUUGUUAAAGUUAUGUGAAGCUUAAAAAAUCUAAAAACAAAACUUUAACUUGAAAGAUUAUAUUGUUUAAUUUAAGUAAAUUUAAAAGAACAUAACACACAAGAAGCGUCAUUAUGAUUUAAAGCCAAAUAUGUUAAAAUAGUUUUAUGAUUUGUUAAAAAUUUAAUUGAGAAAAAAAUGAAAACAACAAAAAUAAUUGGUGUAAAUUUUGUUUAUUAUUUUAAUUUAAUUUAAUAUAUUAAAAUUGUAAUUGUUUUAAAGAAAAGCGUAAAAUUGCAAUAUCUUAAACUUUUGCUUAAAGCCAGGCCUAAAAAUAUUACAAAUACAAACACUUAUAAAAAGUUUAAUUACCAAAUGAAACCGGCUUAUAAAUAACACCUAAAACCCAAUUAAUUAAUAAUUCUUUCAUAAAUUAUAUUGCAUUGCAAAAUGAGAAAAAAAAUACAACAAACAAAAUUAUUAUUAUUAAUAUUAUAUUUAUAAUUUUAAGUGAUAUUUAACUUAAAGCUAAAUGUAGUUUCUAAAAAUUAACUCCAAGAUAAAAAAUGAGAAAUAAUAUUAAAAUAUUUGAAAAUAAACAUACAAAAAAAUAAAAAAAACAUUGUUGAAACUUAAAAAUAAAA